AAAAAAUGAAAAAAAAUUCGCUAUAUUUUCAGCUUGUUGCAUAAUGAUAUAUCAAGCAAACUCUGAUUUUUCAAAUGCUGCCUGACAUUUCCCAACGCUUCGAUAGCAUCGCGCGCAAGCGACUAUUUUAAGGUUAAAAAACACUCAGCUGUUAUAAGCUGAACUUUGUGAACACCUUUGUGAAGGUCCCUGUAUAAAUGUUAGAGGUUGUUGAACUUGUGAAUCCAGCAAUCCCUGUCAAUAUCAAUUAAAUUAACCAGAGAAUAAAUAACCAAUGGAGUGCUGAUUCUGGCUGAUUCUUUUUAGGACUGUCACUGUCAGAAUCGCAAUUGAUUAUGGAUGGCGAUUCACAAAUUACAGUUUAUCCUGUUUUGGACAAGGAGGAACAACUGGACUCAUUCAUGGGCGAGGUCUCAGACAAUGAUAUUAUUUAUCUGAAGAUUGAAGAGCAAGAUGAAGAAAACCCUCAAUCUAAUCCGGAGCCUGAAAGCAGCGACACCCUAUCUUAUGUGGUCCAGGCAAAUUCUGUUUUGGAUGCUUCCAGGGUGCUAAAUUCCGGAAUCAAGAUCGUCACUUUGGGGGAUGAGCAGUACUUCUAUAUACCCCCGAGCAGUGACAAAUCUGGAGAGUCUUCAGAGGUCGAGCCCCAGUUUAUUGCCACUCAAGCAAUAGAGGUUGAUGAAGAAAGUACGGUGGCUCAUAUAGAAGCCACAUCAAUCACCGAAGGUAUAGAAGAAAUAUCCGAACUAUCAGCCGAAGAUGGCAUCCUGAAGCUGGAGCCCUAUGAAAUGAUCAUGCUUGAUGAUGUGGAGGGCUGCAAGCCAGUGGAAGCCCCCAAAAAAUUCAAGUGCUUGUACAAGGGCUGCGAGAACUUCUAUUCAACAUCCAAGUUGCUGACUGUGCACUUACGCAACCAUAUCAACAACAAGUCAUUCCAAUGCAGCUACGAGGGAUGUGGCAAAAAAUUCGCCACCAAUUAUUCGCUAACUACUCAUUGGAGAACCCAUACUGGGGAAAAACCGUACGCUUGCCGCGUAUGCUUGAAGAGCUUUAAAACUUCUGGAGAUCUUCUGAAGCACAUCCGAACCCAUACUGGCGAGAAGCCGUUCGCCUGCCCAGUGGAAGGCUGCGGAAAAUCCUUCACGACUUCUAACAUACGGAAGGUCCAUGUCAGGUCGCAUACAGGAGAGCGGCCCUACGUGUGCGACUAUCCGAAUUGCGGCAAAGCCUUUGCGUCCUCCACCAACUACAAGAACCACGCCAGAAUCCACUCGGGGGAAAAACCGUUUGCUUGCCACGUGAAGGGCUGUGAUAAAAAGUUCACCGAAUAUUCGUCCCUCUACAAACACCAGGCAGUCCAUCAAACCAAUGGGGAGAAAAACCACGAAUGCAGCUACUGCAAGCAAAAGUUUAAAUCGGAGCGCACCUUGCACGUGCAUCAAAAGGUCAAGCAUGGAAUUCUGGUCUCUCCUGAUGGGAUUCAAUUUUUAGACUUAGAGCUGGUCGGCUUGGAGUGGCCCCACUAGCAAUCAUAUUUCCCACAUACACUUUCAUUAAAAUGACAUAAUUACUGCCUUUUAUUGGGCCGACAUGGGUCAACACAAAGAAGAAAGUUGACAUAAGAAAAAUUGUGGACGAAUAAUUCAAUUAAACGUUAAUGGCACGCUAAA